AUGCCAAAGCUCAACACCACUAUCGAAAACAUCUUUACCUCCGCCGGUAUCCCCGCCUCCGACCUCUCCCCUGCCUCCUCGUCCUCUGGCGUCGUCACCCAGCUAUCGACCGGGAAACAGUUUUUCACAAAGACGCAGAGCGAUGUGGUGCAGAUGAGGGGGGAAGUUGCCGGCCUCCGCGCUAUGGCCGCAACAUCGCAUGCCCUCGUUCCCGAGGUCAUCGGUUUUGAGAUCUCGCACAACGGCAACAGCAGUUCGAUGGUAUCCCAGUGGUUCGACCUCUCCUCCGCCCGCGGCGGCCACACCCAGCGCGGUCUCGGUAAGAAGAUUGCAGAGAUGCAUGCGAUCCCGCCGAAGGAGAUGUGGGAGGAGAUAGGGUAUACGGGCAAGUAUGGGUUUGGGGUCAAGACGCAUUGUGGGGUGUCGGAGCAGGAUAAUGGGUGGAAUGAGGAUUGGGAGGGGUUUUGGAGGGAUCAGAGGUUGGGAUUCCUUGUUCAGAAAAUCGGCGAUAAAAACAUUUCGUCUCUCUUUGAGCAGCUCAAGUCAAAAGCAAUCCCCCUCCUCCUCUCCCCAGGCUCAUUCUCCCCUCCUCCCAAACCCGUCAUAAACCACGGCGACCUCUGGUCAGGCAACGCCGGCUACGACGAGUCCACCUCUGAACCCGUCAUCUUUGAUCCGGCGAGUUAUUGGGGGCAUCAUGAGAGUGAUUUGGGUGUUACGCAUAUGUUUGGGGGGUUUACACCAGAAUUCUAUGAAGAGUAUCACAAGAUCCAUCCCAGAUCGUCACCCAACUAUGACGAGCGACAAAAGCUUUAUGAGCUGUAUCAUCAUCUUAAUCAUACAUUCAUGUUUGGUGGUGCGUACAGGAGCGGGACGGAGAGGAUCAUGAGAGACCUCAUCGCCUGGGCGGAUAAACAGUAA